UUACACGCUUGUCCUGACGUCAUCAAGAGGAACCGGUAGUCGCGUGCGUUUGUGUGUCUAUGUUUAACUGACUGGAAGAGAUCUAAGCACGCGACGGAAGGUCUACAGGUUACUCAGUUAUGGCGCAGAAGGUGUUAUAUCCAAUAUACCAGCUUGGGAAUCCCCAGCUGCGAAUAUUUAGAACCAAUUUCUUCAUGACCUUAGUAAGACCUGGAAAGGAGCAGCCACCAGAUACUGUGCAGUUUAGAAUCCCAUUGGAAAUGACAAAAUGUGAUGUGAAGAACUACCUUGAGAAGAUAUACAAUGUUCCCGUGGGACCAGUGAGAACUAGAAUCCAGUAUGGUACAAAUAAAAAAAGAAAUCAUUUGAAUCAGAGAGUGAAGCGUCCCGAUUACAAAGUGGCUUAUGUUCAGCUGGCACAACAACAGACAUUUCUCUUCCCAAAUGUAUUUCCUAAAAAAGAUGUGGCACAUGAGCCAGGCUCAAUGGAUGAAAUCCAGGACAAGUUCUUGGAAGAUGAACGACAGAGACAGAAACCAGACCCUAGACGGGGAGGCAUCACAGAUUGGUUUGGUUUUUAAUAAAGUGAUUGUCUUUGUAGUAGUAAGUAUAUAUUGAUUUUAUGCACAGGACAAUGCAAAAAUAUUUUGUGCUUUAAAGAACUUCCUCCUUAAAAAAUAUUGUCAGUGGUAGCAAUACCACUUAGGAUUAAUGUGAAUUUAAUUUAAAUCAGCUACAGAUAUGAAGAUAUAACUGUAAAUGUACAUAAAACUUAUGUACGUUGGCACUUUUUCCAAAAUGAGGCAUUUUUUCUGUAGUAUAA